AUGGAAUUUGAGAGGAUGAGCCAAGAGAUCCAAGAAGCUGUCUACACAACUUUCCAGCGGCCUGUCCUGACACGCCUGAACACCGGUGGGCUAACCUGCGUUCCAGAGGCCAACAGCAGCACAGCUUGGUUGGAUGCUAACCUGGGCCGAUUUAGCCAAUUUGCCACAUAUCAGGACCUGGUUACUCUCAACACUGAGUUUGAUGGGCUCCAAGUCCUGGACCGGCUCACUUUGAGGCAGCUGGCUCAGCUUGCAGCUGCCAAAGGUGCCUUAAAUGAGACCAUGGUGGAGGAAUUUCCAAACAACUUCCCUUGUCAGGAGUCAUUAUUGAACAGGACCAAGGAGGUCAUUGAGAUUAGCCUUUCUUUACUGACCAAUGGCAACGUUUCUGUGGCCACAUGGACAGAUGCACGGACGUUAUUCUAUUUCUAUUUCCUUCAAAGUAAACUUCUCCCUACAGAGAACACCAGCUGCCCAGCCUUUCAAGCCAUUGUGAGCAAUGGUCCGCGUAUCCUGAAGGGUCGGGAAGAAGAGGUAUAUCAUCACAUCUACUCCUACCUGACUGGUACCCAGUCCAGGCCCCGGUGUUACAAUCUAAGUGAUCCCCUUAGCCACGGCUGGUUCACAGCCUACUUGGGUCAUUAUAUCCACCUGAGCAGUGUUGAUGACAUCCGUGACUUCCUGGGCUAUGACCAGCAAUUGUUGCAGAUGCUAGCCUCUCAACAGGACAGCCUCCAGCUGUUCAGUCAGCAGGACAUCCCCAGGAACGUGAUGUGGACACUCACCUCUGCUCUUCUGGCUGAGACCCCUAACAUCACUGUCUCUGAGCUCCCAGACAAGUUCCUCUGCUUCUCACCUGAGGCCCCUGCCCUCCAUUCCCUUGGAGAAGAGGCCCUAUGGAAGGUUAUAAGGAAACUGAAUGACAAUUGUAGGCCUUCCCAUAGGACUGACACGGAUGUCCUGCGAGCCCCUUUGCCCCCUGCUCGGCAGUUGGCCACUCUGCUUGUGGGCCAGAUCCCGGCAUUUAACCAGAGCACCCUUGUUGCCCUGGGUCAGCAAGCAGUGGGCCUGACCAAGGGACAGAUCGCCAUGCUGUCUGAGGAGGACGUGGCUGCCUCAGUGGAGGCUCUUGGGAAAGUCAUUGGAUGGGACCAGGGCCAGGUGAACGAGUUGGUGUCCAAGCUUACACCUGAGCAGCUCCUGGUUGGCAAACUGGAGACGCUGGGAUCCCUGGUACCUGGCUUACCCACUGCUGUACUCUGUGCCCUUUCCCCUGCAAAUGCCUCUCACCUUGCCAGAGCUUCCACCUUCCUCCGUGGCCUCCGAGGUGCCCCCGCCUAUCUGAAGAGGGUCUUUACUAACAGGAUUGUCUUUCACGCGCUGCCCGUCACCAAAAUCGUGGAGAUUGUGCCCCCGGAGCUGGUGCCCCUGAUCCCCAGCUCCUUCCUGCUCUGGGACAAUCUCACUACAGCCAACCUGUCAGCCAUCACUGAGCAACCAUGGGAACCAGAACAGACAGGUUACGUAGUGCCCCGGGGCCUUGUCCUUCUUAUGUCUCUGACUGCACACUGCUCUUCUCCUCAGGCCUCAGGCUUCUUCCAGCAAGGGCUGGCCUCCAGCGUGGGCAGCCAAGUGGCCCGCCUUUCUGCCUCCAUCUUACAAGGUUUCCAGUGCAAGGAGGUCAGUCAACUAAACCCGGCUCAGUUUUCUUCCCUUGUUAGGGAAGUGCAGAAGCAGAAGGCCAUCUUGAAUGUCAGACAGCUGAGUUGUAUGGCAAACCUCCUGGCCCUCCAUAACUUGACAAAUGACUUUGCUGACUAUCCGCCAGACCUGCUGCUCUUCUAUGACCUGAGACACGUGGACAAAGCCAAAUGCCGGGAGUUCAUCAGCAGGGCCUCCCAGGGGAACCUUACCCUCCUGUCUGGACUGUCAGCUCAGAAGAAGGAGCUACUGAACAUGUCCCUGACCUGUCUGGGAAAUCCUGGUACCAGUCUGAGCAAAGAGGACCUGAGCUCUUUGGGUGGCUUGGUCUGUGACAUGGAGCCGGCGGUCAUCCUGGAGUCAGACCCCCACGUCCUGGACAACCUGAAGCGCUGCUCCCAGCUGACGGCAGGACAGCGGGAUGCCCUCAAUGCUCUCCUUCGCAGCGGGGCCACGUGGCUGGGGUAG